UCGCCGCGGUCUCUGAGGCGCUGUUUUUUUCGCUGGCGGUGGUCGUUAGUCUCCAUUUAAAGUUCUCUUAAGUGGAGGCCCGAGGUUCCCUCGGAGGUACGGAUCUGAACAUUCCAGAUCAACCUGUGGUUUUUAGAGAGAAGUGUUUAUCAUAAAUCAAGAAUGGCUGCCUCUGGGGGAACAUUUAUCGGAGCCCCCCCAUCAAGCAAUAAUGAUGGAUCCAGCAGUCUCACCUAUGGUUCUUCAUUUCAACCCAUCAAAACCCAAGUGGCCAUUCCUACAGCUCAUGUCAUGCCCUCCACAUUGGACAGAUCAACUUGUCUAGCAAGUGAAUUAAGCUCUCCUCAGACCACUUUGGCUUCCUCCAUGCCAAAUUUACUGGGUAACAUGGGAGAACGGAUGUCCAGCUAUGACUCUGAUACUUUAAGGCAAUCCCAGGUGAUCAACCGGAAUUCUCUUUGUCUGAAUCAGACUUCAGCAGAAAAUGGUUACAAUGAAUCCUUGUUUCAUACUUCCGGUCAGUCAGGUGUGGAAUGUGUUCAGAAACCUAUCAGCCUAGAUGCUGAAGUCACACAUUCUGCUUUUCUAGAUAGGCAUUCUCUUGGUCCUUGGUCCCAACUCCAGAUGUACACUCCAGACAAUUCAAAUAGCACUUCUGCUGGCUUAAAAAAGGAAUACAAUAAAAUACUGCAGAAUACUAAACCACCAGCAGAUUACAAUAGAGUCUGUGGAAAGCAAGUACCCUUGGGACUUAAUGCUGCUAGUAUGUUUUCCACCCCUUUGGCUGCUCAAUCUCAAACAUCAAAGCUGGAAGCUUGUACACUACCUCCACAUGAAAAUUGUGCACACAGUGCUUGGAAACAACAUAUGGAUUGUGUUCGGCUGCAACUGGAACAGAUGCAUCUGCAAAAUAAAGCAACUUGUUACUAUCCUUUGGUGAACAGUACUUCACUGCACACACUUGAUCCAGCUCAGUGGAUUGGCAUUACAAAUACAAAUGAAAAUUUGCUCCUGGAGAAAGAAAUUCUCAUUGACAGGCAGAGACAGCACAUUUCCCAGCUGGAGCAGAAACUCCAAGAAAGUGAAAUGCAAGUCCACAGUGCCCUCUAUGGCCAUCCUGCUCCUUAUGGGGAUAUGCAUCUGUUCAGAAUGCAGGAGUUACAGAGCGAGAAUAUAUUUUUACGAGCCCAGUUUACCGAAAAAACAGAGUCACUCAAUAAGGAAAAGAUUGAAUUGGAAAGGAAAUUGGCUGCGUCAGAAGCUGGUAUUAAACGGAUCCAGGAGACUCACAAAGAGACCACACAGAAGCAUACGGUGGAAUUGAAGAAACAAGAAGAAAGGAUCAAGUCCAGAGACAAGCACAUUGAACAGCUGAAAAAGAAAUGCAAAAAAGAAUUGGACCAGAACCAUGAGAAACAGCAGAGAAUUGAGGCUCUGGAGCGCUAUAUUGCUGACCUCCCAGUAUUGGAGGAUCAUCAAAAACAAAGUCAACAGUUAAAGCAGUCUCAGAAGAUAGUUAGCACUUUGCAAGAAACGGUGACUACUCUUGAAAGGGAACUAAGAGAUGUUCGCAGUGACUGCCGAGAGAAGGAGCGGCAGCUAGAAGUGCAGAAACACAAAGAAAUGGAACUGCUUUCCACCGUGCGCAGUUUACAAGAUAAAAUGCAGCAGAUGAAGCCUUCAGUGCCAGAAGAUUAUGCCCAAGAGAUAGAGAGAGAGAGAGGAGAAAAAGAGGCUCUGCACAAAGAACGUGAUCUUCUCAGGAAGAUUGUGGAAAAUCAGAAGAAGAAAUUGGAUCAGUUAUCUUCACAAAUAAAGGAUCUGGAGGAACAGAUUGCCCAGGAUGAUGGUACAGCCCAAGCUCUGAGAGCAGAAGCGUUGAAGCAGGAAAAUGCAUUGCAGCAGCUACGCAGAGCUGUGAAAGAGCUGGCUUCUCAGAACCAAGAACUGAUGGAAAAAAACCUGACCUUCCAGGAGCAUCUCCGGCAGAUGGAGCUGGGCCAGUUGCUGUCAGAUGAAACAGCCAGCCUGACCCAAGAGCUGCAUAGUGAACUAGCCAGCUGCCUACAGGACUUGCAGUCUGUCUACAGUGUGGUUACUCAGCGGGCUCAAGGAAAAGAUCCCAAUUUGUCGUUGCUGUUAGGCAUUCACACUGUACAUUAUUCUGUUCAACAAGAAAAAGACUUGUUGAAACCAGAUACGCUAGCAAAGAAGCUGGAGGAUGUAAAACAGCUACACAAAGAGAUUGAAGAUUUGCGGACUGCUAUUUCGGACAGAUACGCUCAAGAUGUGGGUGAUAACUGCAUUACACAGUGAAGGCCAAAUUAGUGGAAGAUGUGAACUAAGUUUGUACUGUGCAGGGUGAGUUUUCAGGAGGCCUUUAUUACCUGUUCAGGUGAAGAUGCUUCCCACAACUGCAAAUCAGAUUUUCUCUUGACAGGAAAGCUGUCUAAGGAAAACAAGCCUAUAAGGGUGUGGCAAAAACUUUUUUUUUUUUGUAUCCUGUAAUUCUGGAACUGGUUCCUGUUAGCAGCUGCAGUCAGGAAAGUGUCUUCCAGCAUUCAUUUCUGUAAUUUAUGGCAGAAACGUUUUUUCAGACACUACAAUCAUGGAGACUUUCUUUGUAAUGUAAUUGCUGUGAGGUUGCGAAAUCUUUCAUGAGUUAGGAUUGAAUAUAAAAUGGCAGUCUGUAUGUAGAAAAACUGAAUCGGCUGUGGUAAAGAAAGUCUGAACAGUGAAGAAAGAUCUGUUUUUUUUUAAACAGGCUUUUGAAAUUUCUAAGAUAAUCUUGUACUCUCAGGUUUUUUCCGAUUCCUUCCUGAAACUAGAAAUAUGAUGAAAUUGUAGAAGGCA